AUGAGCCUGACCUCGCGGGUCUUCGGCCUGUUCACGACAGCGACCUCGGACUCAACAGCACCGCCUGCGGCGGACUCACAUACCUCGACAUGGGCACAGCCGAUUCCAAUGAGUGGAAUCGAUGAUUCAAUCCACGCUGUUCGACAUGGCGAUCUCGCGCUGUUGGAGGACGAGGAGCCUCGGCCGCCAUACCUACAUGCGAUGUUGGCCGGUGGUAUCGGAGGAACAUGCGGCGACAUGUUGAUGCACUCAUUAGACACAGUUAAGACCCGACAACAAGGCGAUCCGACCUUUCCGCCUAAAUACACUUCGAUGGGCCAGUCCUAUUCAACAAUUUACCGCCAAGAAGGAUUCUGUCGCGGAUUAUAUGGAGGAGUAACGCCGGCCCUGCUCGGCUCGUUUCCCGGCACCGUGAUCUUUUUCGGCGUGUACGAAUAUACCAAGCGCUUGAUGAUCGACUCGGGGAUCAACCCUAGCAUCGCAUAUCUAUCAGGUGGUUUCUUUGCCGACUUGGCUGCCUCGGUUGUCUAUGUGCCAUCCGAGGUGCUGAAAACGCGACUUCAGUUGCAGGGCCGAUACAACAACCCGCACUUCAACUCGGGCUACAACUACCGCAACAUGCAAGAUGGGUUCCGCCAGAUCGUCCGCAUGGAAGGAUUUUCAGCAUUAUUCCACGGUUACAAGGCCACUAUUUUCCGCGAUCUCCCAUUUUCGGCCCUCCAGUUCGCAUUCUACGAGAAAGAGCAAUCUAUGGCUAAACAUUGGGUUGGAAAACGGGACAUUGGGCUGGGCUUGGAGAUCUUGACAGCCGCCACCGCCGGCGGUAUGGCUGGUGUGAUCACCUGUCCGAUGGAUGUGGUCAAAACACGCAUCCAAACACAGCAAAACCCCCUAGAGCCUCCAUCCGGUUCUUCGGGGGCUAAGCAUUGUGUCGAACACGUACCGAAAGAAAGUCCACGGCCGCACCCACCGGCAUCAUCACAUUCCCACCCUUCCCGGGCACACUCGCGACCAAUCUCCACAUCAGGGGCAAGCACAUCAAUCCCACCGCCCGGUACGCCCCGACUUGACACUUCCUCCGUGUUCACGGGGUUGAAGAUGAUCUACCGAACAGAAGGUAUUGCGGGGUGGUUCCGCGGCGUGGGUCCACGCGGUGUGUGGACUAGCAUCCAAAGCGGGACUAUGCUGGUUAUGUAUCAGUACCUGCUCAAACAACUCGAGGCUCACCAGAUUCUGGAAGAGUCUUUGUAA